CACACACAGCCCUGCCCCCUCGAACAGAAAAAUCAAAACAAAUAAACCUACAGUGAUGGACCUGGGGGAGUUUGUGUGAGUGUGCGAAUGUGAGCGGCAUGAGUGUGUGUACCAGCAUGCACGCCUUUCUCUCCCCCUUAUUUGUCUCUGUGUGUCUCUCCCUGAACCCUCCCCCUGCCUCAAUUAUAUUAUUCCCCCAGACGUGGAAGCUGCUCCCCGAGCUGACGCUUUGAUGGUAUCUGCAAGCCCGUGUGCUGAUCCUAUUUCUGCUCCCUGAAUAUUAAUUCCUGAAGCGGGUAGCAAUACAUCUCCCCAGUGACGGGACCUACUAGAGGCAGGUGGGGGGAGCCACCAUCAGAUCAUAAGCAUAAUAAUAAUACAAAGGGGAGGGAUUCUUCUGCAACCGAGAGGCAAGAAGCAGAGGGGAAAAAAAAGCGAUGAGUUUGCCAAAUAUAUGGAGCACAGGAAGCUCAGUCUACAGGACUCCUGUAUUUUCACAGAAAAUGACGGCGUGGAUCCUGCUCCUGCUAUCGCUCUACCCAAGCCUCACUAGCCAAAAAUCUGAUGAUGACUAUGAAGAUUAUGCUUCUAACAAAACAUGGGUCUUGACACCCAAAGUUCCUGAGGGUGACGUCACUGUUAUCUUAAACAACCUUCUGGAAGGAUAUGACAAUAAACUUCGACCGGAUAUAGGAGUGAAACCCACAUUGAUUCACACAGACAUGUACGUGAAUAGCAUUGGUCCAGUGAAUGCCAUCAAUAUGGAAUAUACAAUUGAUAUAUUUUUUGCCCAAACAUGGUAUGACAGACGUUUGAAAUUUAACAGCACCAUUAAAGUCCUCCGACUGAAUAGCAACAUGGUGGGGAAAAUCUGGAUUCCAGACACUUUCUUCAGAAACUCAAAAAAGGCCGAUGCACAUUGGAUUACCACCCCCAACAGGAUGCUGAGAAUUUGGAAUGAUGGUCGAGUGCUCUACACCUUAAGAUUGACAAUUGACGCCGAGUGCCAAUUACAGCUGCACAAUUUUCCAAUGGAUGAACACUCCUGCCCCUUGGAGUUCUCCAGUUAUGGCUAUCCUCGGGAAGAAAUCGUCUACCAAUGGAAGCGUAGCUCUGUUGAAGUAGGUGACACAAGAUCUUGGAGGCUUUAUCAGUUUUCAUUUGUCGGGCUGAGAAACACCACUGAAGUAGUGAAGACGACUUCUGGAGACUACGUGGUCAUGUGUGUCUACUUUGAGCUGAGCAGGAGAAUGGGCUACUUCACCAUCCAGACCUACAUCCCCUGCACACUCAUUGUCGUUCUCUCCUGGGUGUCUUUCUGGAUCAAUAAGGAUGCUGUUCCAGCCAGGACCUCCUUAGGUAUCACGACUGUCCUGACAAUGACGACCCUCAGCACCAUCGCCCGGAAGUCGCUCCCCAAGGUCUCCUACGUCACAGCAAUGGACCUCUUUGUGUCUGUCUGCUUCAUAUUUGUCUUCUCUGCUUUGGUAGAGUAUGGCACCCUGCAUUAUUUUGUCAGCAACCGGAAACCAAGCAAAGACAAAGACAAAAAGAAGAAAAACCCUCUUCUUCGGAUGUUUUCCUUCAAGGCCCCUACUAUUGACAUUCGCCCAAGAUCAGCAACCAUUCAAAUGAACAAUGCCACGCACCUUCAAGAGAGAGAUGAAGAAUACGGGUAUGAGUGUCUGGACGGCAAGGACUGCGCCAGCUUUUUCUGCUGUUUCGAAGACUGCCGAACAGGAGCUUGGAGGCACGGGAGGAUACACAUCCGUAUUGCCAAGAUGGACUCAUACGCACGGAUCUUCUUCCCCACUGCAUUCUGCUUGUUCAAUCUGGUGUAUUGGGUCUCCUACCUUUACCUGUGAAGAAGCAUUGGUUUUAUUGAUAUGGGUCUUAUUCUUCACUAAAUCUCAUGGGGGAAGAUGUCCUUUCUAAGUCCAUUUAAGUAAUCCUUUGUGUGGUUUACAAUCAUCUGAAUUUGUUUCUGCGUUUUGACCUGGUAAGCUGUAUUCCCGUCAUACUGUUUGUGCCCAACUCUCUUUCGGUAAGUGUAAUUUCAACUAUAAUGUUCUGUGUUGCAAACCUGCAGGGCAAAGUGAAAUAAGAGCAAGAACAUUGAAACCAAACAACGUAUUUCCAGCUACAGAACUGAAAUAGUAAAAGCAAUGAUUAUUUACAGUGGUGGUGUCCUUAUUCAAUUCAAAAUACAAUUACAAACAAAACAUCUCAGACUGUACUCUAAGUUCAUUUGGGGUCAACUUGUGAUAAAUUUGAUCCUCACAGAACAUCUCCUCAUUUGAGACAAAUCACAACUCAUCUGAAAUAUAAGAACCUAGACAAGAAAUCAAUUUACCUCUAUCCCAAGAUAGAAAGAAAAUUUCCUCCACAUCACAUGUACAAUGAUGUAAAUAUUUCAAUAACAUAGAAUGCUUCCAGUUUAAUGCAUGCAUCUCUUUAGAGCCAAAAUAAAUGGAUUAAACUUAUCAUCGUAAAGUAUUGUCUUUUAUUUUUUGUGUCUUUGGGCUACAAAAGAAUCAUGAAUGUAAUUAUAAGGAUUUGGGAUUAGAAUUGGAGGGGAAAAUUUUCACUAUUUUUAUCCCUCAUGCAUGAAGACUGAAACAGCUUAUUUUUUCUUUCUAUGGCGUAUUAAAACACUCUAAGUAAAAUAGAGACUGAAAAUUCAACAUCUGCUGCCUCUAAAUAUGCCCAGUUUCAUAGAGUAUAAAGUGAUCGUAUGUGCUUGCCGCUAUUUUGUUUUCUUCCUUUUAGGAUUAUAGAUAUUGACAGAACUUAGUCUCCAUCUCAACAUCCGCUUCUAGUGAUUGUGAGUGCCUUGUGGGCAGUGCCCUUGUCAUUUCCUGUUCGGGUCCUCGGCACCUUGCACAGUGCCUGGCACACAGGUGGUGCUCCACAAGUAUCAUGUGAAGUGAGCUGGCCCCACGUGCUUCCGGUGACUAGCUCUGCGCUGGCCCGGAACCAGUGACUCAUCUUCUCACAUCAGCAUUGUCCGAGGAUGUUGGAUCUUGCAGAGAUGACUGGGAGGAUCCAAAGAACUUGGACUAUUUAUAUUUAUUCUCAAGAAUUUAUUUUAGUCAAGGUCCAUACUCCUUUAGAACAAUAUUUGUGUCCUGUAUUUGCAUACAAAAAUGAGUCUACUAGGGAAUAAGGUUUGUGUAUAAUUCUCCACGUUCAGGGGUGAGUCAGCCUUGACCCAUGUGCUUGAGGACCCAUUACAGACAUAAGCAAGAUUCGUACUUACUCGUGCUCAGAAUAUAGUAAUCUACACUCUGUGAAAUUUUUUUAAACAGUACGGAAGAUUGAAUUUCAAAAAUGAAAUAACUAAUGAAUGACUUACAAGGAGGUUGAGUCCGUGCCUGUGGCCGCAUUCAGCUAGGUUGUAAUCACAUGAAGCGGUUGUCCCAGACUUCAAACCGUCGCGAGUGGAGUUUCAUCUUUGGGUACUCAUCCUGAACCCUUAUUUUUCCAAAUUGGCACCCUCUGUCAGUUCUUCUUUAUGCCAAUCAUUGCUCUAAGUCAGAAUUCAGUCACAGCUAGCAAAACUUUAUGGAUAACCUGGAAGGAGGAGAAAAGAAGAGGCGGUGACUUUGUGAAUACAAAUCCAUGUAAAGUCAUCUGGAUGAAUCUUGAAACACAUUUAGCUGCCAACUUUACAAACUUUUAAUAUAUCAGUGCUCUAGGAUACAACCUCAAACCCAUGUAAAUAGAAUCAAUUAUUUUCUUGUUUUGAAUUGUUACCUAUUAAAUGUUGACUCUUUGGGAGAGUUGUUGGCAAAUUUUCAACGAUGAGAAACAUGUUAUUAUUGUCAACUUGAAAUGUAUUCCAUAAUGGGGAUACUCCAAAAAGCUAGCUUUCCAGUGUGUGCAUAGAAUGGAUAAUAUGAAUAUCUAUUAUAUAUGAUCUAGUUCUCAAUUUUCAGCUGUUCCCUGUGUAUGUAUUUGAAAACCUUUUCACAAGGGGAAUUGCCUAAUAUGUGGACUUUUACAAUAAAAAUGCUGCAUCCUAAUCCAA